UUUAGCUUAUUUUGACAUAUGUUGGUGAAAAUGUAUGUAUUUGAAACAUAAGGAGUAUAUGAAAGCGGUAUCAUAUCCUCCCAGUUACAAGAAGACUCCACCUCCUGUGCCCCCGCGCACCACCACCAAGCCUCUUAUCUCUGUAACAGCCCAGAGCAGUACAGAGUCCACCCAAGAUGCCUACCAGGAGGGCAGACAUCCACGGGGUGGUCUGUGGACCACGGAUAGCCUCGGCCGUCCCAUCUACAGCUCCACAGACAGCCUGGACAGCACCAAGGCAGUUACCAUGGCCAUGGAAUCAGCAGCAGGCAAGAGGCUUGCGUCUUUGGGCAGCCACACCUCCGUCCAGACAUGUGACAAAGCAGUGCUGGUGUCCAAAGCCGAGGAGUACCUCAAAACCCCACGUUCCUCUAUUGGGAUACAGGUGGAAACUGUGACAGACUCUGAGACUGAAAGUAAAGGCCUUCCUCAGUUCCAUUCAAUAGGUAUCCAGGUGGAGGAUCGAAAACGGCAUGGAAGGUUCAAGCGCUCCAACAGCGUGACCACUGCAGUGCAAGCAGACAUGGAGUUGGAGGGCUUUCCCUCCAUGGAAGACAAGGGCCUGCAGUUCGGUGGCGGUUUUGGUCGCCACUCUGAGCCCAGCACGCCCACGCAAUAUGGGGCCAUCCGUACGGUGCGCACACAGGGCCUGUUCAGUUACAGGGAGGACUACCGGCCGUCCAGCGGGCCCUCAAGCCCGCAGCCUGAACCCUGGCUGGUUGAACCCAGCCUGGAGAGCACCGAGACAGGCCGUGUGUCCCCCCUUCGCAGGGAUGGCAGCUGGUUUAUGCAGCUCCUUCACAAUGAAACCAAGCGGCUGGAAGGAUGGUGCAAAGAGAUGGAGAGAGAGGCAGAGGAGCAUGACCUGUCGGAGGAGAUCCUAGGAAAAAUCCGGAGUGCAGUGGGAAGUGCUCAGCUCCUAAUGUCUCAAAAGUUUCAGCAGUUUUACUGGCUUUGUCAGCAGAAUCUGGACCCCAGUGCCAUGCCCAGACCCACAUCUCAGGACCUGGCUGGAUUCUGGGACCUCUUGCAGCUUUCCAUCGAUGACGUCACUGCCAAGUUUGAUGAGCUGCAGCAGAUCAAGAGCAACCAGUGGCAGCUGGUGGAGAGCCCAGAGAAGAAGGAGCGGAAGUGGCCACCACCUCUGCCAAAGAGGCCGGCCAAAGGGCGUGGUGGCGUGACACGGGAGCGCUCUCUGGACCUUCAGGACCGCCAGCGACAGGAAGCCCGCAGACGCCUCAUGGCUGCCAAACGAGCAGCUUCUUUCAGACAGAACUCAGCCACAGAGAGGGCAGACAGCAUCGAGAUCUACAUCCCAGAGGCCCAGACACGGCUUUGAGGUCCACGGAUUUAUCCUCUGCUCCUCUUGUCCACCUCCACCCAACACCAGCUCGUGGCGUCACAUCCAGGCCUCCUCCUGCUGUCAUCAUUUGUCACUAUUCGUCCCACUUUGUCAUCUGUUGCCAUUCUCUGGGUUGUCCCUACUGAAGCUACACUAGGCCAGAUUUCAGCUGAGAGUGCAUCCCUCAUAUGAGCCCAAAUGACAGUGUGGCACUGCCAUAAGGAAGUCUUCCCUGAGUGAGAAGCUCUACAUUCACCAACUUUAAUUCUUGAGUCAGGGGUGGUUGCUUCUUUACCCACAAGUGGUAAGUGAUAAAUUAGAAAUUUAGAGUGAAGCCCAAACUGUCUCCAAAACAGCAAAAACUGGACACACCAGCGUUAGACCUUCUGCCUCUUUUCCCUGGCGUAAUUUAUGGGUGUUAAAGGUCAAAAAGUGUGAAGUUUCCUAGUGUAGCUUUACGCCCACAGUGGACUUUUUGCCACAGGUUCUGCGCCAUGAGAAUGAGCUGCUAUUCCCCAAAAUAAACAUUUCACUUGGGAUUAAUUUGAGCAAAAUUAAUUCAAGUUAGUAGUUUUUUUUUUCAUCAUUGCCAUUACUGUUAAAACUCUAGUCGUCUCCAUUGUUGCCAUUGCCCCACUGUGAGUAAAGGUAAUGCUAUACUUGCCACAUUCAAAGGGAAACACAAAGUGCAACUUUUCUAAAACGUCUCUCACCAGCAACAAUGGUCUUGGGCUAAAGCAUCCUGUGUUAAGGCACAGUGGCAGCACAGAUUGGUUUUCCCCACAGAAAUGUAUCUUAGCAAGUUAGGAAAGCCUCUGAAAAAUAUAAGGAUAGUAAGAAAUGUUUGACAGCAUGUCUGAAGUGGUGCACAACUGUACUCCAUACUAUCUUUCUACCUACAGUAAACCUGCAUCAUCUGUCCAUUUUUAACCAGGCAUGCUGCAGCUGUUGACCAGUGUUGCUGACCGAGAUCGGGAAAAUAUCGUUACAAAUCCCAAACCAUCAUUUCAACAUUUAUUCAUUUUCAUUCACAUACUACCAUCCCUCUUAGGACUACACACUUUUAAGAUAUGUAUGUUAUCUGCUGCUGGAUACAUUUCCAUUGCAGAACAAAUAUGAAUUAUUAACAAAAGACAGUUUUGCGCAGCCUGGAAGAGGUGACUGUAUCAAACAAUGCAUUUUGCACCUUAUAAUAUUCAUGUUUGUAUUUCCAAGGGAAAUGUAGUUUAUGAAGCUCAUGUGAUAAUGUUGCAGUUGAAUUGCAAGGACAGAAAUGGAAAAUUUACUACCGAAUUUCAUGUUACUCUAUAUAGUAGGUCAUAUAAAUUGCACCUUGUGUUGUUUUAUUUUCAUUCCUUUCUGGAGGCAUUCAGGCCUCUCGUAAUUAAAAUAUUGUGAUUCUAACACUUUUAAUUAUACUUACAGUAUCUAUCAUAUGACCAACAUCACAAUCUACAGUAUACAUUUAGUAUAAAUAGUUAAAACAAUUGUGGGUUGAUUUGACAGUACAUUUGUCUUGCUGA